AUGGUCUGUGCUCCAACUUGUGUCCGCAAGCGAACGCUUGACUACAGCGAUAAGUAUAGGAAUUUGAAUAAGUUUACCACCGAUGUGGAGCACUUUUUGGAAGAGUACAACCGCAUCGUAGAACAUUCGCUUGCCUACCACCGCAGUUUCCGGCGUGACCUCAAGCAUCUUUACGACGAUAUUGGCAUUUUGCUUCAGAAGUUCCAGCAUAUCCGGUGUAGCGGGCUGAAGGAACAGCUGUUUAUGGAAAAGUUUUGUUGUGGAGUCUUCUUUGAUGAUUGUGAAGAACUACGGAGGCAUUAUUUCCAGUUCCAUAACUUUGCCCGGCUCAUUCAUCCGAGCAUUGUGGAGCUCCGCUCCGGACAUGGAAAAUUGCAGUUUUUUCACCGACGCUUGCAGGAGUAUAUCUGUUACGGCACGGAGUCAACCAGCGUGAUGAUAGUAAACCUCAAGAAGAUAGCCAACAACAUGCGCCUUACUUUGGAAGGUGGCCCAAAGUGGUAG